UUUCAUCCUGCGUAGCUCACGAGCGGGUAAGAGAGGCACGGAGGCGGUCGGGUGGCCUAGGAGUGCAGAGGCAAGCGUCGUCAUUUCUUUCGGUUUGUCACAAUGGGUAUCUCUCGGGAUUCCUUGCAUAAGAGGCGUGCUACGGGCGGCAAGAAGAAGGCCUGGAGGAAGAAGAGAAAGUACGAGCUGGGUCGGCAGCCAGCCAACACCAAACUUUCCAGCAACAAGACGGUGAGGAGGGUUCGAGUUCGAGGAGGCAACGUCAAGUGGAGAGCUCUUCGCUUGGAUACUGGAAAUUACUCAUGGGGGAGCGAAGCUAUCACCCGCAAAACUAGAAUCCUCGACGUGGUUUAUAAUGCCUCGAACAAUGAGCUCGUGAGGACGCAGACUCUAGUGAAGAGUGCUAUCGUGCAGGUUGAUGCUACCCCUUUCAAGCAGUGGUACCUCCAGCACUAUGGGGUUGAGCUUGGGAGGAAGAAGAAGGCCGCCGCUGCAACCAAGAAGGAUGCGACUGAGGGACAAGAGGGCGAAGCUGCGCAGGACGAGGUAAAGAAGAGCAGCCACAUCCAAAGGAAGCUGGAGAAAAGGCAGGAGACCCGCAAGCUUGAUGCCCACAUUGAGGAGCAGUUUGGCGGUGGGCGUCUUCUUGCCUCUAUCUCAUCUCGCCCUGGCCAGUGUGGCCGUGCCGACGGUUACAUUCUGGAAGGGAAGGAGCUGGAGUUCUAUAUGAAGAAGAUUCAAAGGAAGAAAGGCAAGGGUGCCGGUGCAGCUGCAUGAGAACUUCUAGGCUUACCUUUACUAGGGUUUUGGCUUAUUCUGCAAAUGCUAUUUGGGUCCACCAGUUCGGAAGUUAUAACUGACAGUAUGUAUUAUUUUCUUUUUUAUUCGUGUUUCUUUUCGACUUUUGCUGAAUUGGUAAUACCAAAGGAUAUCUCUUUUUAUUUGUAUUGU